AUGUCGAGACGAAGAUUGUCAUAUAGCAUCCCCCAAUCCGAAAGCGCCAAAGAUGAAUCGGUCACAGGAUUGAAAGAGGUAUACAGCAGCAUUAGAUACGAUUGGCCACGUAUAUUGGAGGACAAUGCUAACCCAAUAGAACUUGCAAUUUCAUUAUUAGAUGACAGUUCAGUAGGUUUGGCUCACAGACUUGAUGAAUUCAAAAGACUCAAGAAGACAACGGAAGGAGCAUUACGACGUGUUGUCCAUGAGCACUACGAAUUAUUCAACAAUAGUAUAGGAUCGUACCAUAUGUUGUUGUCGACUUUGGACAAAUCGCAAACUGAUUCUGAAAGCAUCAGAAACUUUUUGCAAACGUCCAACAAGGAAAUGCAUGAUAGAAGUGCUGUGUUGGCUGAAUUGUCUGAGACAUCGGGAAGGUAUGCUGAACUGAUUGAUAUAAUUGACGCUAUACUGGAGAUGAACAAAAUCCCUGACCAAGUGGAGCAAUUGAUCAAUGAAAAGAAACUUCACGAGGUGUAUGAUAUUAUUGCAAACGGCUACAAGAUUGCUGAGCGUUACAGUUUGUGGUCAUUACCAGCAAUGAGUGAUAUAAAAUCCUAUUUAGAGCAACAAUCGAACAAGUUGUACGAUAUGAUUAUCGAUGAAUUGCAGAAUGAGAUAUACCUGAAGAACAAUAGUUCAAUAUCAAACACGGGGGUAUCCUUGUGGCAAUCAAUAAUAGAUUCAACGAGUCCGCAAAUGGCAUCUUUUAAAGCAUUGUUGAAGCUGGAAAAUUUGGAACAGUAUGUGCACAACUCUGCCAACUUGGAUAUUUUGGAAGUUGUUGAUCAUUUGACGGCCCCAGUUAGUGAUUUUUUAAGCGUUCAACUUCCUGAAUUGCAGAAGAAUAGUUUGCAAAAUGAUGGGGCAAUCGACUACACUACAUUGUUGAAGAUGAAUACGUCGAAUGAAAGUUAUUACUACAUGUACAUGCUUUUGGUAACUGCUUCCAAAUUGGGUAGACUACAACAAGUGGUUGAAACUUUAAUUGAAGCGAACCAACUGGAAUUACAUGGAUUGAUCAAUAGAGUCACCGAAGAAGUGAAGCUGAGAAAUGGAUAUGCCCUUUCCAAGCUUAAAAAAAUCCAACAUUUUGAACAAAAUUCAUUACUUGAUGUCAUGGCUCAUAAAAGUUUCAGUGACUCUGCUGUUGUCAUUCUUCAAGAAUUGUAUGGCUCAAUUACAGUGAGGUGUUUACUUGCAUUUCAAAAACAUAAAGUUAUUAAUGAAAUUGCAUCAGUUUUAGGUCAAGAACAGAAUGGCAAUUAUGCCAACUCUGCGGGGUUUUCAAAAUCUGGGUUACGCGUUUGGGACUCAACAAAGAAGGAGUUGCUGAAUUUGAUAAUAAGCUAUAUAUAUGAUGAUGGGUCAACUGACUCGGGAGUUAAUAUAAUUGACAAGUCGGAUCAUAGAAAGGUGCAUAAAUUUUCAUUACAUCAAAAGAAGAAGUUAUUCCAUUUUGAAAAUGUUGAUUGGAGUUCAACUAAAUCAGCUCAAGAGCUCCAAGAUUCACUUGGUGAUAUUUUCCCGGGAUUUCAUAUUGAUGACACUAAUGAUAAAGAUCUUCUCACCAUGCAAACACCUUAUUUUGAAGAUGAAUCUUUCAACACACAAGUAGAGGUAUUGGUGCCUAAAAAUUUAUUCAAUAUGAGGAUUGUAUUGGAACCAUUGCUAAUAUUCGUUGAAGGUUCACAUCGGAUUUUCAACAACUUCCAUGUGAAAAAGGAAAAGGAUGGUAGUGGUGGUGACAAUAAUUUUGCGUUUCAAUUUUUCACCGAGUUUAUGAAAUCUUCAUUCUUAACUUAUUUCAGAUCGGCCAUUGAUAUGGUGUUUAGUGACCAAGUUGGUGGGACGUAUACUGGUGGUCAUCCGAGGUUAAAUGAACCUUCCGGCUUGAAACUUGAUGUUAUUACAUUGAGCCAAAAUAGUGACUUGGAGUUAUUAGAGAGGUCUCAUAUUGAUAACGAGUCCACAAUUGUUAUUUAUGAGAAUGCAUUUAACUUUAAGAAGUUGUUUUUGGAACUUUGUCUCAUUUUGAAUACAUCAUUAACGUAUAGAGAAGAUAUUUCAGAUACGGUUUUACAAACAUUGCAGAGCUUUGCCACUGAGUAUAGAAAAUUAUUUCAAGAUUUAUUGUCUACUGAAGGUGCAAUGAGUAGGCCAGUGCUGCAAAUUAGUAAAUGGAUGAAGAUGCAUGCAUUAACUGAAGUUAGUGGAACAAUAAUACUUGAACUAAAUGAAAAGAGCAAUAUCAAUUAUGCCAAUUUUGCCAAUUUUAUUGCUUCUGAAAAUGGCAUGUUGCUUCAUGAAAUUCAAAAUUCAGUAAUCAACAAGGAUAAUUUAUUGGAUAGUGACACUUUUUCCCAUGUGGUUUAUCUAUUAUUGACAACAUCAUGGAUUUUGACGUGGCUAGUCUUGGUCAAGAAGCAAUCGAAUUAUGGUAUUGGCGAUGUUGGAACCAGUGCAGCUGUUGUUGUUUCUCCGGUGGAAAAAUUACGGUACAAUUGGUCAUUUUUAGAAAAUGGUCGUCCAUCGGUGAAUUUCACCACCAAUUCUCAAGACAUUACUCAGAACAAUAUUCUUUUGGCGUUAAAUUCAGAAAAGAUGAUUCAGUUUAAUGAUGUAAUUGCUUAUUUCGAAGGUAUACGUGACCAAACAUUGUUGGCAUUGAGGUAUGAGUUGAGAAGUAAAGCCAUCCAUUACUUGACCUUGUCAUUCAAUGUAAUGGAAUGGGUCCCUACCACUGAACCAGGAGAUGCUGAUCCAUAUAUUGUUUCCUUCAAUCAAGAGAUUUUUGCCAUCGAUACCAAAUUGACUAAAGCUUUAAAGAUGGAGGAUAAAGAGAGCAUAUUUAUUGGAUUCAGUCAAUUUCUUAAUGAUGCAAUGAUCCAGGGCUCUUUUAAAGUGAGAAAGAUUAAUACAAAUGGAAUCAAGCGAGUAUUGUUGAACAUCUCCACAUUGCAACAGAUUUUGCGUAGCUUGUCAGCUAAACCUCAAAAAGUUGAUUUCACCAAAUCAUUAUUGUACUUUGAAAUGUUUACUUUAAACGAGUUUAGUUUAUUGAAUCGCAUCAAGUCGAAACGAUCAGAGUAUACUAAACUGCAAUAUCAUAAUCUUGCCCGGUUGAUUUAUAGUGAGAAAUUGGCUGAUGGGAACGGAUCGCAGUUCAACAAGGACAAGUAUAAUGACUUGAUCAAGAAAAUAGAUGAAAUAAUAGACUAG